AUGCACUUAGUCUUUUCCCUCGUCCUCCCUCUCGCAACGGGGGCGGGGGCAGCGCGCCGCUACGGCUGCACGACGCGGUCCUCCCCCUUCUUCGACAGCCGCGCCCACUUCUCCGAUUCGAUCGCGUGCUCGGCGGUCGGCGCGGCGCGUGCGGAGCGCUUCGGGCAGGCUGGGGGGUCGGUGGCGCGGCGCCUGUCCCACAGCGAGUGCGUAGGGGUGCAUGGCUGCAUGGAUCCCAAGGCGUUCAACUACGACUCGAGCGCCACUUGUCAUGAAAAUAUCUGCGUGGACGAACGGCCGGGCUGCAUGAACUCGACAGCGCUCAACUACAACCCCGAAGCGAAUGUACAUUGUCCUACAGCGAUUGUCCUGGAGGGCUGCCCUUGCGAGCCGGUCCUGGAUGGCUGCAUGUCGCCCCUAGCGUCAAACUACAACUCAAACGCCAACCGGCAAGGGGUCCCGUGCGAGUUUGGCCGCCGCGGCUGCACUGACACGGCCUCCCCCGACUACGACUCGAAUGCCGAGAUCGACGACGGCUCUUGCACGGAGCAUGUCCCCGGCUGCAAGGACGCAAGAGCGCCCAACUUCAUGUGCGAGGGCGGCGGGGCUGGGGGAUCCGAGGGGGCGUUGUCUCACUACUUUUGGCCGUCCCCUGCUCCAACCUCACAUGCCGCUACCUCCCGUACGGCUGCAUGA